AUGAGAACUAGAUGUAUAUCCAAGUUGAAUGAUAGUGGAACUAAAAGUUGCAAACCAAGCUCGAGGGCUUGCUUCAAACCAUACAAUGCUCGUGGAGGAGGCAUACUUUCUGGGAUGGACAAAAGACACCUGGGGGUGGUUGGGAAGUUGUUGGCGGACGGUCAACGGUCCACAGUUUUGAGCCCUCCUUCCGGCGACCACCGGAUACCGACCUCCGACAACUUCCCACAGGACGUUGCUCCAUUUCCCGAUCCGACGGACCUCAUCUACUCUGCUCCGUCCGCCGUAUUUCCCUCUGCCGACAUCAUCACUCACCUCUCGAACCCUCCACCGCCGCCGCAGAAGCUUCGUCCCAUCCGCUGCAACGGUAGGUCCCCGGCGGGUUCUCAGGCUGAAAACAUCUUCGAUGGAGCCCUAAGGAGUUUCCAAUGCGUUUCGUCGUCGCCUGAGGGUGGAUUUUCUAGCGAUCAGCUCUGUGUGGCUAAUAUUGACCCUUGCCAGUACUUCAACUCCUCGGCGAAAGAUGAUAAGCCCGAAGUCAAGGAUAAUGGCGGCUUCGACGAUAUCAUCGGAAACAAUUACUUUUCGGAGGAAGAGACGAAGAACGGCGGAUCCGGCGCUGCUAUCCCUGCGGAGAAUUUGAGCCGGAGCCGUGAAGGACCUCAAUUGGAUGACGAUUCGUGCUCAACUUCAGAUGGUGGAGAUGGCGUUUUUAGCACCAGAAAACAUUUAAGCCAUAAGAGAAAGAGAACAAGAAGGUCACUUGAGCAUUUUGUGGAAAAUUUGGUAAUGAAGAUAAUGGAUAAACAGGAGGAGAUGCAUAGGCAGUUGAUAGAUAUGAUAGAAAAGAAGGAGAAAGAGAGAACAGUAAGAGAAGAAGCUUGGAAGCAGAGGGAGAUUGAAAGAAUGAGAAGGGAUGAGGAGUUAAGAGCCCAAGAAACAUCUCGCAGUUUAGCAAUUAUUUCCUUGAUCCAAAAUUUGCUGGGCCAUGAAAUUCAAAUCUCCCGACCAGUUGAAAGCCAUUGUACAGAAGACGAUGGAGGUGAAAGCAGCAUUCAGAAGGAGCUAAAAAGUGAUCCAAGUGGUAGGAGAUGGCCUCAGGCUGAAGUACAAUCUUUGAUAUCACUUCGAACAUCAUUGGAACAUAAAUUCCGUGCUACAGGCUCGAAAGGAUCGAUAUGGGAGGAGAUAUCAGUUGAGAUGCAGAAGAUGGGUUACAAGCGUUCGGCAAAGAAGUGCAAAGAAAAAUGGGAAAAUAUGAACAAAUACUUCAAAAGGACAAUUGUAACUGGGAAAGCUAGUAUUGCAAAUGCCCAGGUUUAUGAUAAUGCAGAUUCUUCAUGUUUACUCUUGAUCAAUUCAUAGUUGAUUUCCUGAUCGGCUCGCUUUUCGGAAUUCAAACGCGUAUGUGUUUCAGACAUUUGCUGCACCCCUACAGUGACCAAAAGGAAUGUCAAGUUUUCAGUUCGAUAUCAGCAGGAAAUCAUGGCAGUAGAUUGAGGAAACACUCGAAUCAAGUUUCUGACCUGAUGAUGCUUGAAAUUCUUGUAAGUAAAAUGGAUGAUAGUUGCAGACAUCAACUUUCAUAUGAAUUUGUUUAGAUGUACUGCUUAAUUUCUAUGGUUAUUGAAUUAGUUAAUUUGUAACGAGAAAUAUGUUGAUAUUCUCCUUCACUUUCUUUAUUUGAGGUUAUUUCUUGACAUCAAAUGAUUUGAUGUACGGCGUUAUUCCUGUAUUUGAAUUGAAUUUUGAUAUCAAAACUUCAUUCAUGUGAGA